AAUAUAUGGCUGUCCUACAGAGGGCAGUGCUGUGGCUGAACACAUGUUCUCAUGAAGGAGAUGCUGUCACUAGGCGCCUGCAGUGGUGGGGCACUGCCUCCCUUCAUGGCUCCAGAUACUCCACUGUAACGCCUGCACUAUGUCACUGGAGGAGCAGGAGAAGCAGGUCCUGAGAUUCGUUCAGGAGGGCAAAAUCCACCUCCUCCAGGAGGAGCUUGAGAGGAACAGCAGGCUGCUGGCCGAUCUCCAUAGUAAACAUUUCGGUAGAUCUGGGGACACUGUGUUGCAUUAUGCAGCACGCCAGGGGCAUCUCCCUGUUCUCUCCUACUUGGUGGAGGUGGUGGGCAUGGACGUGGAGGCUAGAAAUAAUGAUUACAAGAGACCACUCCAUGAAGCAGCCUCCAUGAGUCACAGGAACUGCCUGCUGUACCUGCUAAGUAAUGGAGCCAAGGUGGACUGCCUGAAGAAGGCUGACUGGACCCCUCUGAUGAUGGCCUGCACAAGAAAAAACCUGGAUGUUAUCAAAGAUCUCAUUGAGCAUAAGGCCGACCCCACGCUAAAAAAUAAGGAUGGCUGGAACAGUUUUCAUAUUGCGUCCAGAGAAGGUGACCCUGCUGUCAUCACCUACCUGCUUGGUGCAUUCCCUGAUAUCUGGAAUACCGAGAGCAAGAUAAGGAGAACACCUCUGCACACAGCAGCAUUGCACGGAUGUUUUGAUGUGGUGCAGAUUCUUCUAGAAAGGUGCAACUAUGAUCCAGAUUGUAAGGACAGCUGUGGGGUGACUCCAUUCAUGGAUGCAGUGCAGAAUGGACACCUCCAGAUUGCUGAGCUACUGAUGGAGAAGAAAAAGGUCUGCUAUACAGCUGUGGAUAAAAUGGGAGCCGGGGCACUGCAUCGGGCUGCAGUUACAGGACAAGACAAAUCCCUCCAGUACCUGGUAUCUCACCUUGGUCUGAAUGUGAAUGAAACAGCAACUUCUAUGAAGCUGAGCCCACUGCACUAUGCUGCCAAGGAAGGACAUGUUCAUUCUCUGUCAACCCUGUUAUCCCUUGGUGCUGAUCUAAAGAGCCAAGACUCAAAAGGAAGAUCAGCUCUUCACAUGGCAUGUACUGGUCAGCACGCAGGAUGUGUUGAGUUUCUCAUGAAAUCUGGACUCAAAGACACUGCCGAUUGCAAUGGGACAUUUGCUGAACAGCUAGCCAAAAAAGACGACGUCAAGAAAAUAUUUUCACUUUUUCAAGAACAAGAUAAAAAUGCUAAUUAACCUGGACUGUAAACAGAUGUACUUAAAGACUGCAUCAACCUAUGAACUCUGUAGUUUACAUAUGGAAUGAACCUGUAUAAAACGCUGGGUAACACUGUAAGCACGUUGCAUUACUUAUUUUCUAUUGAUCCUUUGUUAUAGCAUUUAAAACACUUCAUAAUUCUGCAGACUUCAGAGCUGAAAUCUCCCAGCAAUCCUUGCCCACUUAACCCCUUAGUGAACAGCUUGUUUUGCACCUUAGUAACAAGCAAGUCACAUUCCCAGAGCUAUAGGGGAGAUUUAUCAAAGCUGGUAUAAAGGAAAACUGGCUUAGUUGCCCAUAGCUGAUUCCACCUUUCAUUUUU